UCUCAGUCACACCGAGGAUAUGUGAGGAGAAGAGACAAGAGGAAACACACCAGGGACCUGCAGGUGUUCAAGAUGGCCCAACAGCUCAGGAAUGAAGAAGGGGCCGCAUUAAUUCCUCCACAAAAAGGAGGAGCAAGAAGUGCAACAAUAUCUGCAACUUUCAAUUUCAUCAAUUCCAUCAUUGGAUCAGGAAUCAUAGGUUUACCAUAUGCCCUGAACCAGGCAGGGCUCCCCUUUGGCCUCCUGCUUCUCAUAGUCGUUGCGUUCAUCACAGAUUACUCCAUCAUCUUAUUGAUUAAAGGAGGGAACCUGUCAGGGACAAACAGCUAUCAGUCACUGGUGCAAAGCACAUUUGGUUUCCCUGGAUUUUUGAUUGUAUCUGGACUGCAGUUCCUGUAUCCUUUCAUUGCCAUGGUCAGUUACAACAUCACAACUGGUGACAUGCUGACCAAAGUGUUUCAGAGAAUACCAGGAGUUGGUCCAGAUCACGUACUUGCCGAGCGUCACUUUGUGAUCUUGCUGUCAACCUUUGCGUUCACCAUGCCUCUCUCACUGUAUCGAAACAUAGACCGACUGGGGAAGGUGUCCCUCCUGUCAAUGGUGCUGACACUUACCAUCCUCAUCAUUGCAAUCAUCAGAGCAGCUACCUUUGGACCCCAAAUCCCUCCCACAGAGAAUGCAUGGGCUUUUGCAAAGUGGAAUGCAAUUCAGGCAGUUGGUGUUAUGUCUUUUGCCUUCAUCUGCCACCACAACAGCUUCCUUGUCUAUGGUUCGUUGGAGCAGCCCACUGCAGCUAAAUGGUCUCGAGUCACCCACGUCUCAGUCGGUUCUGCGCUUGUGAUCAGUGCUGCGUUUGCAGUCGCUGGCUACACCACCUUCACCGGCUACUCACAAGCAGACAUAUUUGAGAACUACUGCAGGGAGGAUAACCUGGCCACAUUUGGUCGCUUCUGUUUUGGUCUCAGCAUAAUAACCACAUUUCCACUGGAGUGUUUUGUUACACGAGAGGUGGUAUCCAACGUCUUUUUCAGUCACGAUCUUUCAAGAAUCGAACACGUUGCCAUAACCGUGCUCAUAGUGGCAGUUUGCACAUCGGUGUCUUUGGCCUAUGACUGUCUCGGAGUUGUUUUGGAGCUGAAUGGUGUUCUGAGCGCCACGCCACUGAUCUUCAUCAUUCCAUCAGCGUGCAUCCUCAAACUCUCCCCUGGCCGCUGGUUCCAAGGUGAAAACCUGUUCGCCUCCGUCUUGAUAAUACUUGGCGUGUUCGUCAUGGUCACUGGGUUGACCAUGACGGGCCUCUUCCCUCAAGACUGUUCACACGGCGCGGAGAUGUUCUACUGUGCAGACGCCAAUGUCUCCGGCACGGCACCACCUGUAUGACAGGGAUAUCCUCCCAAACAGUUUGGGGUUUGGCCACAAUGAAGGGAAAUCCCAAUGCCACAGAUUACAGCGAUAUGUUCGACAACAUUGUGCUUCCAAUUUUGUGGCAGCAGUUUGUUUUAUACAAUUGUGAUUUUCCCAGUUUGGUGUGGAAGAACUGCACAGGUCUACGACGUUUUGGAAGUUUUGGAAUCAGUUUUGGAAUCGGACAGACUAAUGUAGAGGUGUCUGUUUACUUUUGGAUAAUUAUUGCAUGUGGGAUUAUUUCUAAUAUAAUUGUUCUUAUGUAAUCAAUAGUCUGUUUUUGGGCUGCAGCAUAACGAUUACUCUCGAUUACUUUCUCGAUUAAUCGAUUAGUUGUUUGGCCCAUGAAAUGUCAUAAAAUGGUGAAAAGUGUUGAUUGUGUUCCCCAAAACCCAAAGAUGAUGUUUUGUUUUUGAUAUUCCGUUU